GUCAGGACUUUCCCUUCGGGACUAUAUUUCAUUAAGCCUUGAAACUGGCAGCAAUGAGCAGACCUAUAAGAUCCACUUUGCAGUAUGCACACAUGCAGGCUCAUUGGCUGCAGGCAAGUUGACACAGUUUCCCUGCCUCACUGCCUCAUGCAGCUGUAGCGGCUGCUCGGAGCCUGUAGAGCCAGCAGGUGGUACUCUACCGUCGGCUGUGUCCGACUGUUGAAUGCGUGCAGCCGGCUGGAUGAAGAGCUGAGAACUAGAGAGCGGAGCAGAGACCACCGGGACGAGGUCAGGGAGAGAAAAAGCAAAGCUGCUGCUGCUGCUUCAGCGGAGGAUGGACACACACCGGAGCGCGGUCACUUCAGUCACCGAGGUCAGCAGCUCUGCCUCCGCCGCUGGGUUGUGACUCUCCGGUGCUCCGCAGAGGUGAUCGCUGGACGCCGGUGGCCGGGAUAGGACAGACACUUUGCAGGCUGCAGCAGUCUGUGUGCAGCGCCUUGCAGUGAAACCUCCCCCCCCUGGAGAAUAAAGCAUCUGGUAGCAGAAAGAAAGAGGAGACUGGGACAGCGACAGCAGCGCGGAAUUAAUGUGAGAUACAACACAGGCUCACCGAGGGCUUACACCGACAUGGGAAAAGAAGUCACAGUCACCUUUUAAGAUGUAUCCUCACCACAGAGAAAGGGAGCAGCCGAUAUUCAGCGCCCGGGCCCAUGUUUUCCAGAUUGACCCCGCCACCAAGAGGAACUGGAUCCCCGCCAGCAAACAUGCCGUCACCGUGUCCUUCUUCUAUGAUGCCAACCGUAACGUCUACCGCAUCAUCAGCGUGGGUGGGACCAAGGUGAGGAAAAUGGCAAUCAUCAACUGCACCGUCACACCCAGCAUGACAUUUACCAAGACGUCCCAGAAGUUCGGUCAGUGGGCAGACAGCAGGGCCAACACUGUGUACGGUCUUGGUUUUGCCACUGAGCAGCAGCUGCAUCAGUUCUCCGAGAAGUUCAAGGAGGUGAAAGAUGCAGCUCGUCUGGCUCGAGAGAAGUCGCAGGAUAAAGAACUGGCCAACACGGCACUCAGCAUCGCUGCUCCUCAGUUCUCACAGGACCUCUCGGAUGAACUCCAGUCUCCACCGGUGAUGUGUGUGAACGGGCCCGAGGACAAGCUGUUCCGCAGCCAGAGCGCGGACAUCACCCUGUCUUCUGAGAAGGAGCGCAUUAAAAAGAUGCUCUCUGAGGGGUCGAUCUGUGAGAUGAACCUGGAGGCCGAGCUCUUCACUCUGCAGGACAGCAACACCAAACUGGUGGCAGCUUUGCAUGAGGCUAAUGCUAAUGUGGAACAGUGGAAGAAACAGCUGGCAGCGUAUCAGGAGGAGACAGACAGGCUCAGAGAGCAGGUGGCUGAGUUAGAAGCCCAUGGAGGCCACGGCCCCAGUGACAUGCUGAAGGAUGAGCUGACCCAGUCCCUGGAGGAGCUGGAGGCCCUGCUGAAGGCCAAAGAUGAGGAAAUCCACAUUUUGCAAAAUAAGAAAGCCGAGUACCACGAGAUGGAACACGACAGAGAGGAGGCCAUUCACAGAUUACGGGAGACAGAGAUGCGCAAUGUAGAGCUGGAGCGUCGCAUCCAGAACACAGAGCAGAACCUGAGCAACUCUCUGGAGGAACGGGAUCGCAUGGACUCUGAGAUCCAGAGGGCCAUCGAAAUUCUGGACAUCAAGAUCUUUGACCUUAAUGACCUUCGCCAGAGCCUGGUGAAACUCAUCGACAAAUAAGAAGGUGAAAACCCAACCCGACAGAGAAAGAGAUGUGACAGGGUUAAAUUUGACGUGGCCUAUGCAGUGGGGGGGAGCAAACAAAACAAGAUGGAGCUGGUCCACGUCCUCUUCAAGCACAAGAACCACCUCGGCUGCAGGGAGGUCGCUCCGUGUCUGUGUUGCGGUUGCGGUGGCUGUGCUGUACUCAACAACAUACUGCAGGUGUUGGCCUACGCAGCAGCAUAUAGUACAUGGUUUCGCUUGUCCAAUCUAAUGUAAACGCUUCGUGUUGCUUUCAAGGGUAACAUUCAAUGCAAUAAACCAACUUUAAGGUAAGUGCUUAACACUGCUAGACACUUAAUAUUGAGAACUGGUGCUUGUAGUUUUUCAUAACUUUUGUACACAAAACGGCGAUGCAGUGUCAAUAUGAAUAAGAGGCCUUGUUUGUUUUUUGUUUUUCAACUUGCAGAUGAUAUUUAAACAUCUUAACGAGUCCAUGAAGUGAAUGCAGAUUAAGAAAAGUGCACACAGCAAGAUUGCUUUUAAGAGAUCUGCGUAUUUAACAGCCUGCAUACAACAUAAUUAUUCCUAAAUUAACAGUUAAGGUCUUGUAGUUGCCCGUUCAUACAAUAGCAGCUGUGUAAAGUCAAGGACAAACUGGUUGUAGUCCUUCCCCACUGGAAUAAGCAAAGACACGUUCAAGGUCAGUAGAAAAAUAAGCUAAUAGUGUUUUAUAUUUGGGUAAGGCAUGGACACACAACUUAAACAUUAGAUCUGAAUACGGACACCAACAGAGCAGACUCAUCCGCAGCUUGUCUAUUAUCACAUCUUCAUUUAAGCUCGUAAGAAACCUUUAAAUCUAAGAUAUGUGACAGUAACCUGCAAAGCACAUUUUAGAUAAGAUAUAUCAAGUAAUCACAUUUAGGCUCAAUAAGUAUUUUCCACAUGAUAUAAAUCAAUAAUGCAGUUGAACACAGGAAGUCUUCAGUUAGUACUACAGAUAAGUUUAACUGGUCGUCCCGUGCAUCAUCUCUUAACAAACCACCGACUUAGGAGCUUAUUUAUGAUAUUUACGACGCAUUCGAGGAAAUUAAAGAGCGAUUUUCUGCCUUCUGUCAUUUCUCAGCACGUUACCUUUAGCUGUGGACGGUGUGCCACGCGCCUUCAGAGUGUGGCUGAACUGUACGAAGAGUGAAUUUAUUUAAAAACACAGAUUGUCUUUUAUCACACAGACUGUAUUGUUUAACAUGAUGCUGUGUCUGCAUUAUUUUUUCAAGCCUUAUUGUUCUAUUCUGUUCAUCCAAGGAUGGUUGGUGGUAGUCAUGCCAGCUCUGUGUGUCAAACUGUGAGCUGUUGUCAUGGCGGUUUGGAAAUAAAAGCAAAGAAUACAGUA